AUGGGCGUAAAACAGAAAAAGUCGACUAUCAAGUUCCAGCGUACCAAGCUCAAGCAAACGAUCGAGCGACGACGACAACACAACAAGCUCAAACAGCAGAUCAAUCGAAGAAAAGAGCGUCGAGCUGCCCGAGCAAAGGAGAAUGGCACCAAAGCUGAUAACAAAAAGGACCAAAGUGCAAAUGACAAGGCCGAGAGCUUCGAUCAACAUGCGAAUGCAGCCGACUACUUUUGCAACUUUAUGAUUGGAAGUGAGGAGGUGCUGGAUCUCGAAGAGGACCGCGAGAUAGAAUUGAACGCAUUGGAUCAGUUUCAAGCUGUGGAACCUGAAGGCGAGGAAGAUGACAUGCAACUUGACCAGGAACAAGAUGAGGAGGAAGAAGAAGCAUCAAGUGAAGAAGAAGAAGAAGAGGAUGAUGAUGAUGAUGAUGAUGAUGAAGGAUUUGAUUCCGAAGAUGAUAUGGAGGAGGAGGAGGACGAUGAUGAUAUGGAAGAGGAUGAUGACAGCAACGCAACCAUUGUUACCAAGGAAAUGCUGGAUGAAUGGACCAAGGGUGCACGUGCCAAAUCUCCCGAUGCAUUGAAACACUUGUUGAUGGCCUUCCGAUCGAUUACACGCGCUGAUGAUGGAACAGAUACACAAAUGACUUAUCGCGUCACCAAUCACAAACUGUACACCAAGGUUGUCAAGGUGGCGGUCAAGUCAACCUAUCCUAUCCUCAGUCAGCACAUCAUCCUCACCAAAAAAGCACGUCAUCCAGCAAAGACCAAACAUUGGAGACGAUUGGAAAAGGUGGUCCAUUUAUUCCUCAACAGCUGCGUACGAUUUCUACGUGACCUGGAUCAAGAUGAUUUGGUACAAUAUAUCCUGACACACAUUGCUCCUGCGACCAUGUUCUUUGGAUGCUUCCCAAAAACGGCUAGGGAAUAUUUAAGAGUACUUUUGGAUCGUUGGUCUGAUAGUGUUCUUUCAUCCGAAACACGUGCUGCUUGUUAUCAAGCCAUCAAACUCUUUGCCACUGCGGCUGUUGACACUGAAAAGAACAAUUAUCUUCCUCACGCGCUCAAAGGUGUUUACUUGGUCUUUGCAAAACAUUCGACUCGAGUGACAGAAUCCAACCAUGCUCGUUUGCAACAAAUGCUUCAGGAGGGUACCGACCUUUAUGCUGUUGAUCCAAAGAUGGGCGCACAGCAUGCGGAUGUGUAUAUUCGACAACUUUCUUCACAUCUCAAGGCUGCAAGAAAGGCUCAGACACAAGAAAGCAUUCGAUCUGUUUAUGCAUGGCAAUUUAUCAGUUGUUUGGAUUUCUGGGCUGGUGCUAUUGGUUUGACGUGUAGCCCUGAAGUGGGUACUGCAUCCCUACCUGUAUUACAACCCUUUGUCGACAUUGCAUUGAAUACCUUAAGAUUGAAUCCCGUUCCUCAAUUCUUGCCCUUGCGAGUACACGUGAUCCGUUCAUUAAUUGGAUUGAUUGAUUCCACUGGAUACUAUAUUCCUCUUGCACCCUUCAUUUUCAACUUUUUCUACGUGGAUCCAAGUGAAAAGAUCGUCAACGUUAACCUUCCUGCAUUCGAUUGGGAUUUGAAUUUGAAGACACCACAAGAGUAUAUACAUACAAAGGUGUAUGAGAGUGCCAAAUUCAAUGUAUUUUACGACAACAUGAUCGACUUUUAUGCCUGCUUUGGUAUGUCCAUCGCUUUCCCUGAACUUGCCAUUCCUGUAUUGAGCAAGCUCAAGGAAGAUCAAAAGGCACUCAAAGGCACACGAUUCGCCAAACCUGUGCGGACAUUAAUCGAAAAGUUUGACACACACAAGAAUUACAUUGAACAAAAACGAGCACCCAUCGAGUACAGUGCAACUAAGCUGGAUGACGCAGAGGCCUUUUUGCGCAACACUGAAUUUGAAAAGACACCUUUCGGAAGCUUCUUGGCAAGCAGAAGUUAA